CAAAUCUUUUGUGAAGAAUCACAUGACAGUCAACAUCUUCGUGGUGGCGCUGAUGGUUCUGGCGCUGGCUAGCCAGGACACCCUUGCGUCUGUGCGUGACCUCCGCGGCUAUGGAAGUGCCAAGCAUGUUGUGCUCAUUGGGUUGGAUGGGCUUGACGUGCGAUGCCUCCAUCAAGCCCUUGCAAAUGGAAGCGCCCCCCACUUGGAGUACUUGCGGAACCACGGCGUGUACACAGACAAGGCACGGAACAACCGCCCUGCCGUGAGUUUGCCCAACUGGGCGUCGAUCUUGUACGGCGCGGGCGUCAUGUUCCAUGGGGUGACAUCCAAUGGAUGGACGUACUGCACGCACGACGAAGACGACGUCAACUACACGCCGCCAUAUCUCGACGAGUGUGUGGUGUACCCCGACCUAUUCACCGUGGCGAAGCAGCAACAGCCCGACUUUACGACCGCUUUGUUUUACGAAUGGGUCAACUUUGAUUCGAUUCUGCCCAACGAAACUGUCGCCAUCGACACAAGACGUUUCAUCGACAGCUCGGACUGCGGCGGCACGACCAAUGCGUCAAUUCUACUCACGGACGAAGCGCUGACCCUUAUCACAGCGACCGCCAUGCCGCAGCUGCUGGUGCUCCAUUACGACGAAGCGGAUGCGUGUGCGACAGAGUCGAGCUGCUUUGCCGACAUCGGCCAAUUCGCGAUCGCCGCCGCGGACGCCAACAUUGGCCGCUUGCUGGACGCGGUCGCGUCAGCUGGUCUUGCCAACUCGACCGUGUUUGUUGUCGUGUCGGACCACGGGCGCAACGAAGAUGGCACGCAUCAUGGCGGAAAAGCCAAGUCCAACUUUGAAACCCAGUGGGUCGUGUAUGGCCAAGACAUCAUCGAAGGCAGCCGCGAACUCAAAAGCGCCAUCUCCAUCGAAGACACGGCGCCGACAGUCGCCCACUUCUUAGGAUUUGACGCUCCGUUAGAGUGGCACGGUCGUGUGGUUCGCGAAGUGCUGCUCCAAGCCAACGAAAGCCUCUACUCGGCCGCCAAAAGUCCUUGGGGGACGUGCUUGAAUGCCGAUUGCGGCAACCGCAAACUAGGCCUCCCCGACGUCCAAAAGGUAGUCGAAGUGAACUGGACUAUGGGGAUUGUCAGCACGUGCGUCGUGGUGGGCGGGCUAUGUCUGGCUAUGUUUGUGCGCUUUUACUCGUAUCGGCGAGGGUAUGAAGAAGUGUAAACGCACAUUCAAUAUAUAUUUGUCUGUACAUGGUAUAACG